CGUCACCGGUAAGUAUAUAAAAAGGUCAAAUAAAAGCGAUACAGUUUAAAGCAACUCUUCCCUUCUCAGUUUUGAAUCUUCCUCCACAAUACUCAACAGAGAGAAGAAAAUCUCCAUUUCUGGAGUGUAGAGCUUCACAUUUAUAGAGAGAGAAGCUCUCAUUCGGGUCAUGGCUUCUUUUGAUGGUUUCGGCAUCGACGGCGAGGUGAUUCACACUUCCGAUCACAGAUCCUUCGAAGAAGAGGACAACGAGAGCUACUCCAACUUUGGUUCCCACUCCAAUUUCACCACCGGUGAGUUCCCCAGCGGAGAUGUACCUAUAGAUCAUGUCUCCGCCUCCUCUUCUGAUGUAUUUGGAUUCGGAUCUUCGUCUGUCGAUGUGGAUCCGAUUCCUAACUACUCGCAGAGUCCGUUUACGCCGAUCCACGUUGAGAAUGGCAACGGUUAUAAUGCAGCUGGAGAUGGCGUUUUUGCUUCGGAUGGGCCUGUGCUUCCUCCACCUUCUGAGAUGGAGCCCGAGGAAGGAUACGCCUUUCGCGAGUGGCGGCGUCAAAAUGCAAUUCAUCUCGAGGAGAAGGAAAAGAGGGAGAAGGAAAUGCAGAAGCAGAUCAUUGAAGAAGCAGAAGAGUAUAUUCAUGCUUUCUAUGAGAAAAGGAAACUUAAUAUUGAGACCAACAAAAUUAAUAACAGGGAAAGGGAGAAGUUAUACUUGGCCAACCAAGAGAAGUUCCAUGAAGAGGCAGACAAACAGUACUGGAAAGCAAUAGCGGAGCUUAUUCCUCGUGAAGUUCCAAACAUUGAGAAAAAGAGAGGCAAAAAGGAUGAAGAAAAGAAACCAUCAAUUACCGUCGUCCAGGGGCCAAAGCCUGGAAAACCCACUGAUCUUUCAAGGAUGCGCCAAAUAAUCUUGAAGCUGAAACACACACCUCCACCUCACAUGCUGCCACCUCCACCUGCACCUGUGAAGGACACGAAAGAUGGAAAGGAUGGAAAAGAUGCUAAAACUGGAAAAGGCGAAGCAUCAAAUGCAAGAGGGUCUGCAGUGCAGGAGCCUGUUGCAUCUGCCAAAGAUGCCACUUCAAAUGCUUCACCUCUCCCUCCCAAAGAAGAGGUUCCUCCUGCUGGUGACCAGCCUACCACUCAACCCGAAUCAACAACAACUGCCUAAUUGCUGGCAUUACCUUCUUUUUGAAAGCCUUUUUCAAUUUUAUAUCUUGUAUGAUCUCUAUCAAUAUUUUGCCCUUCAUUCCUUGUCUUUGUCCAGCUAUUGUCUUUCAUCCGCAUGCAGGUUUAACAAGUGGUCUUUAUUCUUUGUAUGGAGUAUAUUGCAUAAACUGGAAUUUUGUUUUCUAUACGAGCUUAUGAUUUUUAUGAA